CGAGUUGCUCUGCUUGUUCAAAGUCUACUUGUUGGGGAUUAGUGGGAGUAGGCAGUUUUUUACGAAAGGGUCUGCACAGCAUGCAGUGUUAGUCAUGCCUUAGCAGGCUUCUGCAUGUCUUUGUACUCAAAGUAUGGAAACAAGCACAGACCAUUACUUACCUGGAAUAACAAAUCACAGAUGACAACACUCCAAUAGACUCAGGAAAGUCCCGAAUGGUUCUCCCACAAGAGCAGGACCAAGCUAUGAAGGGAGAGAGGAUCAAUAAGGAAACGGGAGAGCUGAGUGCUUCGGGGGAGCUGACUGCCUCGGUGGAGCUGAAGACGGAGAAGGGGGAGGGCUACUGUGGGAACCCUGAACUACUGCAAAGACUCAGAGAUGCACUACAGGAGCUAGGGAUUUAUACGUACUACAGCCGGGACCCCGGGACAGAUCCUGCAGACAAAGAAGAGGAGACGCUGUUAAAAGUCCUGCCUCUUUACUUACAGGUUUGUGAGGAUGGUGGCAGACCUGAAAGUGCAGAUAUAAAGGGGCUUGCAGCUCUCACUGCUGACUCUGUCAUCCAUAAUAUCCACAGCAGACUGGCAGAACGGCCCGCAGAGAAGGCGCGUGAGGAGGUGGUGCUGUUCCUCAAGAGGCCGGAUGAGGAUUUAAGCUGGGAAACGGACUCAGCUUUGGGGUGGCUGCUGUUGAAUUCGCUUUUGUUUCUCACAUCUGGCCCUUUGGAUGUGUUGUCUUGCAUAAAUCCAGGACUUCCUGCUGCAUUAGUGAAAUGUCUCUACCUGCUGGUGUGCCUUCCAGCUGAACAGGAAAACGCAGCCGUAGAACAGACUUUCCAGGAGCCUCUUACACAGAUUUUUCUUCAGCUCUGCACCCAGCCAGCUAAUGUGGAGCGGCUGGUGGAGACUCAGGAGCUGCAGUGUCUCAUCAUCGGGCUAACCUCCCUGUGGGACCAGACCAGUGCAGACUGGAGACACCUGGCCUCCCGUGUUCUCAAAGCACUUUCCGCUGUACCAACAAGCAACACUGUCCCGAGUUUGUUCGGCAAGAACUGUGUGCGAAUCUGCAUCCAGAACCUGUUGCACAUCAGUACCAACGUCUCAGGAUCCCUGCUAGCUGAAGUGGCCGUGGCUGUGUUUAGCUUCAUAAGGGACACCUAUCACCUCAGUCCAGACCUCUUCACUCAGUUUGACUCCAACGAUGGCUACAAGGCCCUCGACUACAUCCUGAAACGCUGUGAGGAUGGUGUGCCCUUGGACCAGUUCCAGCCGGUGGAGGAACUCCUGAACCUGAUUGCAUCCUUCACCCUGCUUGGGAAAACGGAGCUGAAAGUGGCUCUCUGUGUCACCAGUCCGCAGCCUGCAAGCUUUAAGUUUGACCCGCCCCUCACCAAAGGUUUAACAGUGAAGAACCUUCCUGCCUUCAGCGUGCUGCAGGCCUCUUUGCAGCGGUCCCAGGAUUCUCUUCUCUGCUGUCAAAUUCUUCAAACGUUCCAAAAUAUCUGGCAGAAAGAUCCAGUUAAUUACUUCCUCUUGGAGUGGACUGUCCAGCCAAUGACCCAGCUGGUCUCUUGUGUGUGGCGCAAACCGGAACCUGUCCAAAAGAUCUUUUUUUCGAUGGUUGAGCAGGUGGUGUUUAGGUUGAACUACAUUCCCCAUGAGACCUUACGAGCUCUACUGGGUGUACUGAAGAAGAGCUGGGCUGGGACGUUAGCUGACGGAGUGGCAGGCGUGGAAUUCAAUGUGUUGGCUCUCCAGUUAUUUCAAAAGAUGGUUGUGCACAGCGCCAUGCUGGCAGAGGUGUUGAGUGACUGGAGACUGUUAGAGCUGCUGCUCGGGGAACUUCGCAGGAGAGCAAAGAUCCUGAGGAAGGCUGGUGUAAUUCACCCCCAAACAAACACCCAGCAGCUCCCAUGUUUGGAGGACAAUGAGCGACUUCUCACUACCUGGAUGCUUCAAGUUGUGUCAACCCUCACUUUGCGUUCUAUCAAGAAUACAGUGUCAGUGCGAGACCUGGGUAUGGUUCCCUACAUAAAAAUCUUCUUGGACGACGACCAGUAUCGCGUUCCCACUCUCAGGAUUUUGGAGCAGCUUGCUGAAAUCAACCCGGAUGAGUUCAUGAGAACGGCCAUCGGAGCCCUCUGCUCCUCCACGCAGCAGGAGCUCUGCUUGAAGCAGGACCUUUUGCAGUCUGUGCUGAGGGUCCUGGAGAGCCCCAACAGUUGGGACGCCUUCAGGAAAGCAGGAGGCUUCACAGGGCUGCUGUCUCUGGUGGUGGACAUGGAAGGAGCUCUGUCUGAGCCUCCAAAGGGAGAAGUGUGGAAGACGUUGGGACACCAACAGCUGCUUGAGCUCCUCCUCCUCACUCUUCACAUCCUGGCUCUGGCUGUGCAUCUUCACUCAGUUAAUGCACACGCUUUUCAGACUGGUGGCUUUUAUGAAAGGCUGGCAGAUGCUCUACUCCAGCUGGGCUGCUUCCACAACGAAGCCAUCUCGAGUGAGAAAUGGGAUGCAGGGGAGUGGACUUGUCCCAGGAAAGCAGAGGACAACUCUCCUAGAAUGAGCUUUUUCCAGUUUGUUGAGUUGGCAGAAACCUCUGCUGCUCCCACCUGUCGCUCUACCUCAAACCAGACAAAUUUGCCGCUCAACCUUCGGACAUGUCUAAGGCUGCUCUCCUACCUCGAUCAUUUUGCUACAGGGACCUACUCACCUCAGGCUUUGAAACUGGGACAGGAGGAGAACAAUGUGUGUGAUGAAGGAAAAGAGAGGCUACACGGACUAGUGGGAUAUGAGGGAGGCAAUCUAGGACAGUCUCUUGUCCUGUCAGGAUCAGGCCUGCAGUCCAUGGAGGACAAAACCUCUGUACCCAGUAGUCCUGCUACUAGCAUAGACACUCUUUACAGCAGGUUCACAUUUGAUCAGAUUAUUCUUCAUCCAGGAGCAAUCCGAGUUAUUAUGACUCUUCUUCCACACGUGUACAGUCCUGAUGACCCACAGCUGUCCACAGAGGUCCAGUUUUCAAUAGCAUACCACAUCCAGUCUAUGGUGAAAUCUGAGCAAAACCGCCAGAUAAUGUGUGAGGGGGGGCUGGUCUCUACCCUCCUGACCUACUGUCACAACAUUUUGCUGGAUCUGAACCACCCACUACAUUUACCCGUAACACGAAUUUUAGAGAAGCUCUCCUCCCAGGCCAUCACGCACUCGGACUUCAGGAAGUUCCUGUCUUUAGGAGAUCCUCUUAUGUGCUUAUCUAAAAAAACAGCAGAUCAGAGCACAAAGGCAGAUGCUGGAUCUUCAGGGAGGACACUGAAACGAACUUUCAGCUUGUUGAGGUCUACAGCGUCUUGUGGUUCUGCUAUUCCGAUCCACCAGAUUGUCAGUCUGGUAUCCAUGACGGCACCUCGGACAUUUAGACCACAUCGAGUCUCCUCCUCACCUCCCUUUGUAGAGUUCGACAUGCAUGAGAGUGGAUAUGGGUACCUUUUCCUGCCCUCUUUGGCCACCAUUAAAGGAGUCUCUGCUGAUUCAACCUCAACUGGUGGAAUUGGAGGAGAAUGCAGAGGUUUCCCCCCCACAUCUGGCCUCUCCUUUUCCUGCUGGUUCCAGAUUAACAGAUUCAGCUCAGCUUGUGAUUCCCACCCAGUCCACCUGCUAACGGUGGUUCGCCAUGUGUCACGAACCGAGCAACCGUACAUCUGUUUGUCCAUCUCCUUCUCAGCCUGCGACGGCUGUCUGGUCAUCUCCACUGAGGAGGAGGCAUUCACAUACCUUGAUGUGUUGGAGCCAGAAAUUUCUACUCCAGCCUCUUUGCCUUCAUCACUGAGGCUCCGCUGCUCCAGCAUGCUGGUCCCAGGUCAGUGGCACCAUCUGGCAGUCGUCAUGGCCAAAGAUGUGAAGAAAAGCUGCCUGACCUCAGCCUACUUUAAUGGCAAGGCGGUGGGAAUGGGAAAGAUAAAGUACAUUCAGCCAUUCCCGGGUCCGUGUGUCUCCAUGGACCCCACAGCUGUGAUCGAUGUGUAUGGACUGAUAGGGACUCCGGCUCUGUGGAAGGACCACGCUGCUCUAGUGUGGCGAGUGGGCCCCUGCUACCUGUUUGAAGAGCCUUUGAGCUCAUAUGCUGUGGCUGCUGUUUACACACAAGGCACCUCUUACCUGGGCAACUUCCUGGCUUUGCACAACACGAGUCCUGAUCGGAAUUCUGAUUCUCUCCCACUCAAGCUGGUUCCUGAAGAGAGGAUCUCGUUUGGAAUCAACCCGGCAGUUUCUACCAUAACAACUGUGGUGCAGAUCAGAGAGGAUUACAACGAGGUGGAUUGCAGACUGAUUGCAAAAGAAAUGGGGAUAACAUCUCGGGAUAACUCCAUGCCAAUAUUUCUGGCUCAAAACAUCAGCCAGCACUUGAGCGGUACGGCUCGCACCAUCGGCGCCGCCUUGAUUGGACAUUUUGGUAUGCGGACAUUCAUCCCCAGGCCUGCUUCCAAUGGUUUUCUGUACGUUGGUGGGCCUGCGGUUGUUUUGGGUUUAGUUGCAAUGGCGCCGGAUGACAGCUCUUUGUAUGCAGCUGUUAAAGUUCUUCUUUCUGUGUUGGAGACCAACACUGCAAUGCAGCAGGAAAUGAAUCGUAUUGAUGGAUUCAAGCUGCUAGCUUUCCUACUGAGGAUGAAGAGCAGUCUUGUCAGCCAUCGAACCCUCCAGGCAGUUCUGUGCCUCUGGAGUUCAGUAGAGAUGAGCUGUGGCUCUUGUUUACAGAACACACCCGCAUUCCAGGCUCUGCUGUGUGACCUGGAGGUGUGGAAAAAUACAGCAGACAAUCUGGACCUUGCGGUUCUGAACUACUUUGCAGAAAUCCUGAAAUCUUCAAGCAGUGAUGGCAGGAAUGCAGCAGUCAUGCACGGAGCGGGCCUCCUACCAAAGCUUCUGUUUGAGCUGUCUGAUCCUGCGGUGAAUGUUCACAAAGUUAACGUCAUCUCCUGCAUCAUCACACACCUUCUGACGGCUCACUUUACCGCCGUGGACAUAAGCAGACUCAGAACUUUCCUGGUUUACACAAUCCCACCUCAGAGUAACACGACUGAAGGCAGUGAGACUUCUGAUGACCUGCCAGCACAAAGUUCUGGUCCAGCGAGCCUCAUCUUGAUCCGCAACAAGCUGCUGUCUGCGCUCUGUGACAUACUCAACUCAGACAAAGACCAGCAGAAGGCAGUGUUUGAAUCUCUUGGCAGUGAUUGGGUCCUGCUGUUUCUUCAGGCUCACCUCCACCGAUCCACUUUGAAACUGGGCCUUGUCCUGCUCACGCAGUUUCUGUUGAAUCCAGACCAACAGAGAAGCUUCAAAGAGGGCGUGGUCCUAGGAACUCUUACAGACGUGGCUCAGGAGCCGCACGCUGUUAUGGACAACCUUCGGGCCCACGCUUGGUCCGUGGAGCUCCUUGGCGCAUCAUGUCCAGGAUUUGAUGUCCUCAAGGAGCUGCUAAUCAGACAGACUCAUGUGCCUGAGGUGUAUGAAGCUCUAGCUUCUCUCAUGGUGGGAAAAAAGGUCCAUCAAACAGUCAAAGGAGAAGUGUGUUUGGAUCACAUCCUGCAGUCGCUGAUUGAGAGCCAAGCUGAAGCUCCUGCUACUCAGCUUUGUGUUGAAGCUGCUACAACGAUGCUGGAGCUGGUCAAAGUCAUCCUCACACAGUGCUCAACUAGGCUUGUGUCAGACACCGAUGCAUCCUGGGAGCUGCAGAUCCCAGCAAGUUUGAUGCAGUUCUUCUGUCUCCUCCACAACCUCCGGCCGAGAGACCCACUCUGGGCAUCGCCCACAUUCCUGCAUUCGCUCGCUGGUGUUGUGUUUCCUCCGGAGGUUUCUGAGGAUGUUGGUAAGCGAAUCAAAACGGGCGAAAGAGAGGACACAUUCAGCAGUCAGCCCACCAGGAAGCCAGUGCUGGACUUCAUGCGUAUUUUGUUAAUGGACAGUCUUCUUAAUGUGCCUGCGAGCAGCAACACACACCUUAUGAUUCUGCUGCUGGAGUUUUGUCCUGAUGAUGCGACGCUGGAACAGAAGAAGAGAUAUCAGUCGGAGUUAGUUGAGCACAUCAUGAAUAUCGUCCUCAUGCUCGGAAAUGAGGAUGACACUCAUCUGAGCUCUCGAGACCGUGAGAGUCAGCGUCCUGAAGGACAGAUCAGCACCCUGAUGGAGAACGUGGUGCUUUUCUGCAGGACUUUGCUUCUGAAACUUUACAACGGAUCGUUCAUGGGAGACUCAAAAGUUCUGAUCGAGUUCCUCGCAGAUCAGAUUAUGAUGACUCUGGAGAAAGGACGGACGCAGAAGGAGAAAACUAUCUCUGCACUCUACUCGUGCACCAAUAAAGUCCUGCUUUUUUUCCUGUCUCAACCACGACAUUCCCACGAAGAUAAGAAAGUAGUCGUCAGGGCGCUGCAGGCCUUCUUGGAAAGCUGGGACGUUGUCAUGGCAACUUACAAUGGAAAUGUGAACUUUAUUACCUGCCUUCUUCAUUGUCUGUUACUAAUUCGCUCUGGCAGCUACCUUGAAGGUUUUGGGUGUGUGGCAAAGAACAGGAAAAAUUCAUCCAGCCCCGUACUUGCAUAUUCUCAAAAAGUCAGCAAAGGAGAAGACACGAGAGAUGACAAAGAACUCGUGUCUUUAGUAGAAGCCUGCUGGUCAAAGGUGAUAUCUGAAAGACAACACAUGCUUGAAGAAAGCUAUAAAAUUGAGAUGUCAGUGAGUCGCACAGCAGAUGUGAAGCCCGUCAGCAUGACCGACAUCAGCCCUCUGUGGGAGGAGAUGGCACAUAAGACCUGGACGCUGUACACAGAGUCAGAGAUGAAGAAAGUGGCUAGCCGGUCUCAGAUCAUGUUGGAAGUGAUCACCAGCGCUCUUCGCUCGGCUUUGGGGAGAGGUCAAGAGUCAAUGAAAGCAGAAGAGUUUUUGUCCCACAUGGAGUCACACCGGCAGAGAGGCCGCAGCGUGUUUGAGAACAUGAGGACAAACCACUUACAGUUGCAAGCGGCUGAAUGGGAAGGUGCAAACGCUCAGUGGCUGCGCGUGGAGGCCGAGCUGCUGAGGGAGAGAGCUGUAUUUGGUCCAGGCCCGGGGGUGCUGUUGAGCCAAGACUGGGUGCAAGAUGCCGCCGAAGGACCCAACCGGACCAAAUCACGCAUCCGCAGAAAAGCCCUGAGACAUUCCAAAUCGGUAGAAAUGCUAGGAAUGCUGUGUUUGAGAUCUGAAGAGAGCAUUAAUAAAGCAGAGGAUGAUGCAGAGCUGAAGGUUUUGUGUGAAGUCAGUGGCGAGGUAAAAGCAGACGAAGAAGGAGGACCGAGCAGUUUGACAUUCUUCCCCGUUCUGAACGAGACGCCAUCAACCACCGAAGACCAACCAAACCCUUUCUCCCCUGAGUCCUGCUCCCACACACAAGACUGUCCAGACAUACGCGUCAUCCUGCAGGAGCUGCACCCAGGGGAGAAGGUAAAAGCUAAGAUGUGUGUGGUGAUGGUAAGCAGCCUCAGAGUGGCUGAAGGUGUGCUGCUUUUUGGAGACAAAAGCCUUCUCCUGUGUGAGGGAUUCACUCUCAGUCCCACUGGAGAUGUGUGCUGCAGGAGGCACCACCCUAGCAGUGUUAGAGAUUCGUUUAUUUCCACGAUGCUGAAUAAAGAGCUGCCCUCAGCCACUUGCAGAAGCUGGCUCUACGAGGACAUCAAGGAGGCUCGUUUCAUGCGGUUCCUCUUAGAGGACAAUGCUAUUGAGAUUUUCAUGAAAAACGGACACUCUGCAUUCCUGGUUUUCUUGAAUAAGGACCAUGUCUCAGCAUAUAAAAGACUGAGCAUGGUGGUACCAGCAUUAAAAGGGAGAGCCGUCGCUGAGGUCAUGGCUAAUGCCAAAAAGACUGCCGUGCUUGAAAAAACAGCUCUUGUUAAAUGGCAGAAAGGCGAGAUGAGUAACUUUGAGUACUUGAUGCAUCUGAACACCAUUGCUGGGAGGACGUACAAUGACUUGAUGCAGUAUCCAGUCUUCCCCUGGGUUUUGGCUGACUAUCAGUCUGAGAUGCUUGAUUUGUCAAAUCCUGCAACUUUUCGUGAUUUAUCCAAGCCGAUGGGUGCGCAGACAGAGAAAAGGAAACAGAUGUUUAUCCAGAGAUAUGAAGAUGUGGAGGACAAUGAAGACUUGUCAGCACGUUGCCAUUACUGUACCCACUACUCGUCAGCCAUCAUUGUGGCAUCCUUCCUUGUAAGAAUGGAGCCAUUUUCACAGACUUUCCAGAUGCUUCAGGGGGGGUUUGACAUCGCUGAGCGGAUGUUUUACAGCAUAAAGAAGGAGUGGGAGUCGGCCUCGAAAGACAACAUGGGCGACGUCCGUGAACUUAUCCCAGAGUUCUUCUACUUGUCUGAUUUCCUGCUCAACUCCAACAACAUCCCGCUUGGCUGCAUGGAGGACGGCACGCCUCUGGGAGAUGUGGAACUGCCUCCAUGGGCGAAAGGUGACCCCCAGGAGUUCAUUAGAGUCCAUCGAGAGGCCCUGGAAAGCGACUAUGUCAGCUCAAACCUGCACCUGUGGAUCGACCUGAUCUUUGGGUUUAAGCAAGAAGGCCAGGCUGCUGUGGAAAGCGUCAACACAUUCCACCCAUAUUUCUACGUCCAAAAAGGGCGAAUAGAUGCGAGAGACCCUGCUCUCAAGACCACGAUCUUAGGAUAUCUCAGCAACUUUGGACAGAUUCCGAAACAGCUUUUUACCAAGCCCCAUCCUCCUCGCAGUGGCUUCAGAAAAGAAGGAUCUUCACCUUCAAGCCCAGUUCCAUUUUUCUUUAAACUGGAUAAGCUAAAGACUACGGCUCAGCCGUUCAGAGAGCUGUCAAGAGGUCCGGUAGGUCAGAUAGUGUGUCUGGAAAAUGAAGUUGUGGUUCUGGAGGAGAAUCAGCUGCUUUUAUGGCCUCCAUUUGGCUGCCUCUUUAGCUGGGGGUUUCCAGAUAACAGCUGUGCAUUUGGAAACUACACCACAGAGAAGAACUUUGCUGUGAGCGAGAGUUUGUGUGACUGGGGGGAAACUUUGUGCGCCACCUCCCCGAACCUGACGACCCUCAUCACUGCAGGAGCCAGCACUGUAGUGUGUGUGUGGGACCUGGUGAUCAGCAAGGACAAGCUCACCCACAUGAAACUCAGACAGCCCUUAUACGGUCACACAGACACUGUGACAUGCUUGGCUGUGUCCGAGGUCCACAGCCUGAUAGUGAGUGGCUCUCAUGACCUCACCUGCAUCCUGUGGGAUUUGGAGGAGCUGAAUUACAUCACCCAGUUAGCAGGACACACAACCAGCAUCUCUGCCCUGGCUGUCAAUGAGCUCACUGGUGAGAUUGCAUCAUGUGCGGGACCUCUGCUGUACCUGUGGACCAUGAAAGGUCAGCUGCUGACCUGCACUGACACUUCCUGUGGGCCUCAGGCAGACAUCCUGUGUGUCAGCUUCACACAGCGACACGAGUGGGAUGCCAGGAAUGUUAUUGUCACCGGCUGUGCAGACGGCAUAGUACGGAUAUGGAGGACAGAGUACACCAGAACACAAUUACCUGGCUCUCCAGAAGAGCCUUUGUCCCCAGGGCAAGACCGGAGAGAGAGACAUGGGAACAGCUGGAGGAGACGCCUGAUGUUGUGUCAAGAGCUGAGCAGAGGUCAGGCGACGUCACAGCGCCGAUAUAAAAAUGACCCCGCCAUCACUGCUCUGGCCAUGUCCAGGACUCAUGCUACUCUGCUGGCCGGCGACGCCUGGGGCCGAGUUUUCACUUGGGUCUGUGAAUGAAAGGUUUGUAAACACUGUUGGACCUCCAGCCACUACGUACAUCCACCUUUAAGAGGAACUGAUGCCCCGAGUCCGAACACUGCUGAGCAGCACACCUGCUUCACGUCUGCGGGGUGAUUUUACCAUCACAGAGCAAGAAGCUUCAGAUGAAAUCCACCAUUUAACUAUUGUUAUGUUAAAUAAUUAAUUCAAAUUAAUUUGAUGAAAUCAUCCAAACAAAUUUGCAAGAGCAUUUUCUGUUACGGAUUAAAAAACAAGUGUGGUCAGCAGCCUAAAGGACAUUGUCUCUGUCUGCUGAAUGAAUUAGAAUGGAUUCUAUAUAAAGGUGUGGAACACUGAAAAAACAUUAUUUAAAUCUUAUUUCUGAUUUUAAUCAGUCACUCUGAGCUUUUUGUGCAGGCUGAACAUGAAAAUAGUCUCCUACAGCUACCUCCUGCAUUAGCUUCUGAUAGAAAAUAGAUGGUGAAUCUCUGGGAUCGGACAGACCUGACAGAUCUACGUCACACUGUCAACAUUCAUGGACUCACCAACCUUGGCUCAUGGCGGGGAAGUCUGUUGUUGUUUUAACAUCCAAAUAAACAGCUGAAAACAUGUUUUCUAGUAGAAGCUAAUUGUUAGCAUUAGCAACUUCACCACACAGCAGAAGCUCCUCCAGGCUUGUGUUAUUUGUGGAGAGAAAACAUCGACGUUGCAAGUCAGUGGUAGAGUUGCAUUGCUGUUAUCCAACCUGGAGCUAGAUGUCCAAAUAUCAGCCAUUAAGACUCCAAAACCUGCCGUCUGAAGCUCGGCUGGGAUGUGGCUCACUGCUAGCUCCUGGAAAGGUUUAUUUGCCCCC